GUUUGCCAAUCGCCAUUAAGCCUAAGGAAAAAAAAGGACGAAGAAGACAAAGAAGAAGACGAAGAAGAAGCAGCACCUCUGUGGGACCUAUGCAUAAGACUUCCAGUUGGUAUUAAAAUGAGUUCUAUUGGGACUGGGUAUGACUUGUCAGCCUCAACCUUCUCUCCAGAUGGUCGAGUGUUUCAGGUCGAGUAUGCCAUGAAGGCUGUAGAGAACAGCAGCACGGCUAUCGGGAUUCGUUGUAAGGACGGGGUCGUGUUCGGGGUGGAGAAGCUAGUCCUGUCUAAACUGUACGAGGAGGGCUCCAACAAACGGAUCUUCAACAUCGACAGACAUGUUGGCAUGGCAGUAGCUGGCCUACUAGCUGAUGCUCGCUCCCUUGCUGAAGUAGCCAGAGAAGAAGCCUCUAACUUCAGAUCAAACUACGGACACGACAUUCCUCUGAAGCACCUUUCGGACAGAGUGGCCAUGUAUGUCCACGCCUACACACUGUACAGUGCCGUGAGGCCGUUCGGCUGCAGUUUCAUCCUUGGCUCGUACGACAAAGACGAUGGUCCUCAGCUCUACAUGGUCGAUCCGUCCGGCAUUUCAUACGGUUACUGGGGAUGUGCCAUUGGAAAAGCAAAACAAGCCGCCAAGACAGAGAUUGAAAAACUGCAGAUGAAGGAGAUGACAUGCAGAGAGCUGGUUAAAGAGGUUGCCAAAAUAAUCUACAUUGUUCAUGAUGAGGUGAAGGACAAGGCCUUUGAGUUGGAGCUCAGCUGGGUUGGAGAAAUCACAAAUGGACGACACGAGUUGGUACCCAAAGAUGUCAGAGAGGAAGCAGAGAAAUAUGCCAAGGAUUCUCUAGAGGAAGAGGACGACUCUGAUGAGGACAACAUGUAAACUCGGGACUGAGCCUCCUUGCCUCCUCUGCUGAUGGCUUAAACACACAUCUGAUUCUUUUUUUAGGUUUUAUAGUUCAUAAACUGUCAUGUCUGUUGUUUUGCUUUUGUUUUGAAUUUCAGCUUUGAAAAUAAAAAGUUGAAGUAAAGUCAA